AUGAGUGGCGCGUCAUUUUCAACUGUUUUAGGUGCAUUAGUUAUCGAUGGUCGAAGUCUACUUGAAAUUAAACCUUCAUCAAAAAACUCAACAGUACAUGACUAUGCAUUCCAAUUACUACGAAAUGUAAUUAUUCAACAAUUAGAAUCGUUCAAACGUGUUGAUAUUGUGUUUGACUCGAGCGAUAGUCAAACUGUCAAAUCAUUCACAAAACGUUAUGGAAAUGACAAACCGAAUAACAAAUAUGAUUUGAAAAAGAACGAUUUCUUAGCAACAAAAUACAAUGAAUUUGUGCAUGAGAAUCGGGCAGUGCUAGCUAACUGUAUAGUGGAAUGCUGGCAAGAACCUGCAGCUGUAAACUUACUACCGGAGUACACAGUACUGGUGGUAGCAGGGCCUGGCGUAAAUGCAGUGCGGUUACAAAAGUAUCUCGGAUCGGAAACGGUCGACGAACUAGAAUCCAAUCACGUUGAAGCUGACACGCGGAUCAUGUUACAUGUGCAGGCGGUCCAGUCAACGUACAUUUUCAAUCAAUUUAUGAUUCAAACAAGUGACACUGAUGUUAUUCUGCUGUCUAUUGCUUAUGCGCAAAUUAUCGGUCUCGAGUCGUUAAUUAUUAAAUGUUUCAACACAUCAAUCAAAAUUUUUACGUAUAUCGAUAGCUUGCGAAUAUCUCAAGAAAUACUUACUGAUUAUCGUUUUGAUCCGAUUCUAUUGAUCAUUUUGCAUGCGUUAUCUGGUUGCGACACCACUUCGUUCGUUCGUAAUAUCUCGAAAGCAAAUUUUUUACAAACUUUCUUCAACAAUCCGUCGAGUUUCGAAGAAGUUAUAAACUUUCAAUCGUUUCCAGUCACGACCGACGCAGUAUUCGUAGCAGAAAAACUGCUGAUAGCAUGUUACACUCGCAAUCGUUCAGCGAGCGGUAUUGCAUCCUCACAAAGGCAAAAUCGUCGAUACAUUUCCCUUGACGAAUUACGUUCUGCUCAUGCUUUGAACUCGUUCAAACUACAUAGUAAAAAUAUUGCGUUAAACUUGCCGCCGACUACGGAUGCGUUUCAUCAACAUUGUUUGAGAGCAGCCAUGCAGAUCAACAUCUGGCAGCAGUCGUUUGAACAAUUUAUCGAAUAUCCCGUGUCCACGGACAAUGGGUUCCAACUGAGUGACAACGAGGUGAAAAUAAAAUGGAUAACAAAAUCGACAACACCAGAUGAUACAGGUCUAUUGACAUGCGGAAGAUGUUCAACGGGGUGCAAACAAUGCAAAUGCGGGAAAAAUGGAUAUUUGUGUACAAUUUAUUGUCGAUGUUCAAAUCAAACAUGUACAAAUCGAUCUAAAACAGAGCAGAAUUCAAGUUUCCUACUACAUAGCAUGACACCGAAACAAUUGUAUGCACAGUCUGAAAUAUCGCCUGUUGGCACUCUUGACACUCAUGAUAGUUUUAUGUCCGAUAAUGAACCCGAUUUUGAUUAUGAGCAGUACGAAGAUGAUGACGGUGCUGAAGAAUUCGAUAUGACAGACAAUGAAAGUGACGAAACAAUUGAAUUUUUAAACAAAUACCAAUCUUCACACGAAGACUUUUCAUCGUGCAAUUGUGCUCUGAUGAAAGAAGAAAGUCAUGUAUCACUCGUGGACCACAACUACUGUACACCAACACAUCAAACGUCUCAUUCAGCAUCCAGUGUCACACGGGAUCCCCAGGAAACGAAGGCAAGAAAGAGAUCUAAUAAAGACGAAAAUGCUUCUUCGACAAAAUUAGCCUUUUCCCAUGAAAUACGGGUAUGGGAUAGCUGUAUCGCUGCCAUUAGUGGUUCUGUUGCUAUGGAUUGA